CGCAAUGGGAAAUAGACGACCUUCUUUGUUUCUUGUUUUCCUUGUAACCCUUUCACGUUUUGUAGCUCAAAGUCAUGGCGUCAAGAACCAAGGUGAAGCACUUGACAAUCUCUAUAAAGCCAAGUUUAGUAGAGAUUAUAGUAUUGAUACGCGUCCUUUCGAGGUGAUUGAUACGAACCAAUUUGAGGAAAUGAAUACGCUUUUAGGUAAAUCGAAGUGUCAUCCUCGUAAAGAGGGAUCGAAAGAGAAAGAUAGAAUUAAAAGGUUGCCUGGACAACCCCAUGUCAGAUUCUCACAGUACGGUGGCUAUAUUACUGUUAAUAAAACUGCUGGUGCGGCAUUCUAUUAUUAUUUUGUUGAAGCUGAUAAGCAUUCAAAGGAGCACUUGCCUCUUCUUCUUUGGCUAAAUGGAGGCCCUGGUUGUUCAUCAUUGGCUUAUGGGGCGAUGCAAGAGCUUGGACCAUUUCGUGUACACAGCAACGGGAAAACUCUUUACAGAAACAGAUAUUCAUGGAAUAAUGUUGCAAAUGUUUUGUUUGUGGAGUCCCCUGCUGGAGUAGGAUUUUCAUACUCUAAUUCAACGUGGAAGACUAAUGGAGAUAGACAAACAGCUGCAGAAAAUUAUAGUUUCCUUGUAAAUUGGUUAGAGAGAUUUCCCGAAUACAAAAACAGAGAUUUUUAUAUAGCCGGAGAGAGCUAUGCAGGGCACUAUGCGCCUCAACUUGCACAUACUGUUCUUCACCAUAAUAAGAAGGCUAAUACGACUAUUGUCAACCUCAAAGGGAUCCUGAUUGGAAAUGCUGCGAUAGAUGAUGAAACCGAUAAUCAAGGGAUGUAUGACUUCUUUGGAACCCAUGCUCUGAUUUCAUAUGACAACUUGCGUAAAAUCCGACGUUACUGUGAUUUCUCAAGAGCCCAUGAAUCUGCCGAGUGUCGUCAUAGCUUGUUGAAAACAGAUGCAGAUGUUUGGAAUGCUAUUGAUGUUUACAACAUCUAUGGUCCCUUGUGCCUUGACGGAAAUCUCACAUCGAGGCCCAGGAAGACUUCAUUGAUGAACUUCGAUCCCUGCAGUGAUUAUUACGUGUAUGCAUACCUUAAUCGACCUGACGUCCAAGAAGCCAUGCAUGCCAAUGUCACCAAGCUCACUUAUGAUUGGGAACCAUGCGGCGAUUUCAACUGGGCUGACAGUGCCUCUACCAUUCUUCCCUUGCUAAAGGAGUUGAUGGAAAAUGGACUUCGAGUAUGGUUAUUCAGUGGUGAUACAGACGGAAGGGUACCUUUCACUUCUACCCAGUAUGCAAUUAACAAGAUGAAACUUCCUAUCAAAACUGAAUGGUAUCCAUGGUUCUACGGUGGAGAGGUUGGUGGGUAUGUACAAGUAUACAAAGGGGACUUGACAUUCGCAACUGUAAGAGGGGCUGGACAUAUGGUACCAAGCAUCCAGCCUGUGAGAGCAUCUGCAUUGAUCAGUCACUUCCUUGCAGGCACGCCUCUUCCAUAGCCAAUGCCGAAGUCUAGAGCCUGAUUUCCUUACUACUCUUUGAGUUUGCAAUUCUUUGUUUCAUUAGGAAACAGUAGACUGUUAGGUCAAUUGAUGUGAUUCUCUUCAUCGCCUAAUGGACACUUGUUCAAGUCAAGCCUGUAGAUUAUACAGGAAAAAUAAGGAUGAUCUUACCAAAAGAUUCUUCCUCAAAAAAUUUCAAUUAUUGGAUUUAUGGGAUCCGCCAA